AUAUACCAAAUAAGAAGCAAAAAUGAACCGUUCUAGCAGCUGCAUCGUUCACAUAACAGAUAACACACACAUACUUAGCUUGCAACCAUAGCGCAAAGUACUCCUCAUCACAACAGUAACCACCACCACUGCCACCAUGUCCUCCAAGGACUGCGGCCACCACGAAGACGAGAGCCGCAAGCUCAUCCGCCUCAUCCUAUUCGGCGUCGGCGGCUUCUUCUUCGUAGUCCUCCUCACAAUAUUCAUCAUAUGGGCCGUCCUCAGGCCCACCAAGCCCAAAUUCACAAUCCAAGACGCCACACUAUACGCCUUCAACCUCUCCUCCCCCGCCACCAACACCCUCACCAUCACCAUGCAAGUCACCCUCUCUUCCCACAACCCCAACCGCCGCAUCGGAAUCUACUAUUCCAACCUCCACGCUUACGCCUCCUACCAUAACCAACAGGUAACACUUGCGACCGAGCUUCCCCCAACGUACCAGGGACACAAAGAUUUCACCGUUUGGUCACCGUUUCUUUUCGGCGCCGCAGCGCCGGUGUCGCCGUUUACGUUGAGUUCGUUGCAGCAGGACCGGGGUGCGGGUGCCGUCGUGGUCAACGUCAAGAUCUACGGAAGGGUCAAGUGGAAGGUGGGGACUUGGGUCUCUGGAAGGUACCAUUUGUUUGUGAAUUGCCCGGCGUAUAUAAGGUUCACCGGCGCCGGUGAUCGGAGCGGCAGCGGGAUCCAGAUUGUGGCUCCGGCGAAGUUUCAGCUCUUGCAGGGUUGCAGUGUUGAUGUUUAGUGGUGAGAGAUUAAAAAAAAAA